UUGUACCACAAGUAAAUUUAUCUUGGCCCCGAUAGAAAGGACGAAAUUCCUGCUGCCAAAUAAGUGAUACACAAUAGAUGGAAAAUAAGGGAAAAUAUAUCAAAAUAACUUGAAUACAGAGCAAAUAGAUACAGAGCAAAAGUCUUCCAAAAACUGUGCCCGAGCCAUUUUUUGUUUUGGGCCCAAAGCAAACAUGUGGCACAGCCCGAUUCCUGGCUCUGCAUACAUAUAGAGCCAUUGCCUUUUGGGGCAGACAUUUUGGACAAUGAGUGAGACGACGGGCAAUGCCAGUGGAGUCGGUGCAGCUGCUGCUCCAGCUGCUGCGGCGGCUCUCCACUCCUUGGACAGCUACGAUGUGAUCUACGAUGCUGGACAGGAGCAUUCAGAUGAUAUGCAAAGCGUUUCACAUAUGGAUUGGCCAUUUUUGAUAAAGGGCAUCCUGGAGAACAGCCAGACAUGUGCGCCGACCACACCGGAGACUCUGCCCGCUCUGCUGUGGGCCAUCAUAGCCGUGUUUGGCAUCGUGUACGCCCUGCUCGGCUAUCGCUGCCUGCGCGCUGUUGGCUUCCUGAGCGGUUUGAUGGUGGGCGCCAACGGGAUAUUCAUACUGCAGGACUUCCAGAUCACCUGGCUGGGCAAGCCGGCUGACUCGGCGCUGGCCAUUGUGGCCGGACUCCUGGGCGCCGUGCUCGGCUCCACGUAUCCUGUCGCCUCGGUGCUGAUCAGCGCCUUUGCUGGCGCCCUGCUCUCCGGCGCUGCGAUGGCCGUCUGUGUGGCCACAAUGCCGGACAACGAGUUCGGGUAUCGCGAGAUCUAUGUGGCUGUGGUCGGUGGAGCCGUCAUCUGCUCGGUGCUGACGCUGUGCUGCGUCAAGUAUGUGACGAUACUGACAUCGAGCAUUGUGGGCACGGCAAUGGUGAUCGGCGCCAUAGACUACUUCAUGCACAGCCUGGAGACAAUUAACUGGAUACUGAGCAUGAAGCCGCAUCCGCUGCCACCGCCUUGCUAUGGCGGUCUCUUGAUAACCGCGUGGCCCUUGACCAUUGUGAUCAGCAUCAUGGUGCAGUGCUUCAUCACCGCUUGGCGCGUGGAUCACCGCAAGCGUCUCUACAUGCGACACCAUCCGCAGCAUCCGCAUGGCAAUCAUCAUCUGCCCCAUGGCCAGCCGGCAGCGGGCGCCGCGGGCGUCGGCAAUCCCCAUGUGCCGAUGCGUCGAUCGCAGUCGCGCACUCGCGAGACCCGCGAGGAGGCCAGGCAGCGCAAGUUCCGUUAUCUGUAUCAGGUGCGAACGGCACGCGGCGAUAUCAUCUCACAGAACUUUGUGUCGGCUCUGCAGAAGCGCAUUCAGCUAAGCGGCACGGAGACGCCGUCGGAGCGGUCCAUUAAGACCAGUUCCAAUGAGCGGAACACGUUCCGGAGCGAUCGCACUCACUUCACGACCAUCCACGAUCCGGAACUGUGCGACAAAAUCGAGAUCGUGCGCGACAUUGGAUAACAAACAAGCAAUAGCUACAUGUAACUAUAUCCGUAAGGGGGGACCGGAGUGAGGGGCGUGGCUGAUGGGAAACGGGUCGGGGGAAGGGGGCGAGACGAAGGCAGAAACUGGAGCAGAACUUACGGUUAGGGAUAGCUGAGACAUGUAGCUAAGAGGAGGAAGAGAAAUUUCAGGACAAAACUCUGAAGAAGCUUUAACUAAAACAGAAGGAAAGAGAUAGAGGGACAGAGAAGGGAGUAGUGGGUUAGAAUAGGUCUGGGUUAUGAAACAUGUUUUUGGUUAAUCAAAACAUAAAGAAGAUAUUUCAAAAAUAUCUCAGUUGAAAAACAAAUUGCUUCAUAGAAUUUGAAAAAAAAACACACACACAAUUUAGAUAUGAUGGAACUAUUGAUAUGAUAUGCAAUAUAUAAAUUGGGGGAGUACAGAGCUGAAUAGUCAAUGAAGUACGUUUGGAAACUAUAGCUGAAAGCUAUAAGCGAAAAGCAGAACUGCUCAAUAAUUGAUUAGGUGAAAAACUAAAAUUGAUAAACAAUCAUUAAGAUGUCAGUUGAUUAGCGGCAGUUAAUAAGAGAUAUCGAAACCAGUAGCUGAAUGGCUGAAUAAUCAGCAUUAGCUGUAAAAAUGAAUACCUAAAGCAGAGUUUAGCUGAAUAGCUAAAGGUAGGUAAAGAAUUUUUAAAGAGUGUCUAGUCUGUUCGUUAGCCGAAUAGCUGAAUAUUAUAAAACCUCCGCUGAAUAGCCGGAUUUCCUAAGCAACAUUUGAACAUUUCGGCUGAAUAGCGGAAUAUGAGCUAAAUGGACUCAACAAAUUUCUGGGAAAAUGUAUUCCUAUGAUAUCUGUAUUCCUAGCCAUAUAUAGUGUUGUCAGAUCUAUUUGGAACAAGCUAUUCGCUAAACUUCUCGAUAGAUAAUAACUAGCUGCAGUUUCCACAAAGAGAAUCACUUUGUACUUCAGCUCUGGCUUUUGCAUUGCAUGGCCCUUAGAGGGCGCGGUCUAUUGAGAUCUGUUUGGAUCCACUUUGAUCUAGAACGAUCUUCUUUGAUCUAUAGCUAUAAACUACAUAGAAUGUUUGUUCUCCAGAAAGAAAAAAACAAAAACAAAAUGUUACUAGCAGCUAAACGAGUCUAGAGUAGUCAAGAAUAUAUAGUAUUGCCGAUCAGGUAGCACUUACGCUACAUAUAUAGAGAGAGCUCUUCAAAUAGAGAUAAAUAUAAGUACGUGAUCGUAAGGUUAUAUGGAAACGUAAUGGUUGGUCCAGUUCGAAUAAAGCAUUGUUUCUCUUCACACUAAGCUAUAUAUGGUAGAUAUUUAUAUAUAUAUAGCAUAUAUCUAAAGUGCAUAUUAUAUAGAUUUUAAGCUAAGUUUCGCGUAUUCCUUGUGUGCUCUCUUUAAACUGGAAACUAAAAACUUUUACUACUGAUUUUUAUGUAUCUGUGUUAUAAUUAUACUAAAAGGCAUUUAACUAACCUAUAUAUAUUCAGCUAUAUAUCACAUAUAUAUAGCCAGAUAUGUGUAUAUAUAUAUAUAUAUAUCACAGUUUUCGCAAGUUUUUCAAUUUAAGGAACUCUUCAAAUAUCUAUAGAAAUAUAGAUAUAAGUAUAUAUAGUACAUUAAGUCUAUGGCAUUUACUAUUUAACAACUGAUGUUUCCUUCGAUUUUUGAUCAAGUACUCCAUAAUAAUAUCUAGUUGUAUACCUAUUAAGUACAAUCAAUUAUGUCCACAAAAGCAGCUCUCCAAGUUUUCAAGUUACAUAAUUCAAUGAAAAAAAAUUGAGUUCAUAAACUAACUCAGAGUAAGCCGAAAGUUAAUUCACUAUAAAAGUUUAAAUAUAAAAAUAAUAAAAAAAAAAAAAUCAAAAUUAUGUUUCA